AUGACAACUAGUUCAUUACUGACUAUGUACUCACCAGUAUCAAGCACAGAUCACAGCAAUGAUGAUCAAGAUGUAAUCAAUAGAUUGUAUAGUAUUUUUGAUGAUGAUAAAACAACAUUAUCAAAGCAGUUGGAUCAAACACUCGAAUUUGUAUUGGAGGAAUUUGAUAGAAGAAAGUUUCAACAAUGGAACAGCAAUAGUGUGGCACAAAAUCGAUAUCCUUCUUCAUCGCAACAAGAUUCAGCUAUAUAUUCAACAUUAUCUGAUCAUAUAUCAAAUAUUUAUAAAGAUGUGGAUGAUUUAUCACUUAAUGCACAAUUAUUAUUACCAUUGAGUAACCAAUUUCCACCAUUGAAAAGUCCUGUAGACUAUCUCGUUCAUAAAUGUGAUACUCUAAAAAGUAAAUUUUCAACAAUUCAUAAUAUUGUUCAAACACGUGUAAAACCAAAUGAUCUUAAAACAUCAUUUGCAAACAGAAUAGAUAUAUUCGAUUUUGAACAACAAACAUCACCUCUGUCUGAUUUGCAACAUGAUAGUAUGGCGCUUCUGACACCACCAUUAUCAGAUUCAUUAUCAAUCGUUUCAGAAGCGAAAAGUGAUGUUGAUGCAGGAAGUACAUUAAUGGCAACAGCGUCACGUAAUGAAUUAACGCCGAACAUAACAAAUGAACAUGAAUGUAGUCAAUCAGUUUAUAUUUUGCCAUUUUCUUUACGAAAAAUUAAUCGAACAUCGAUAAAUGCCACUCAACAUUCGAAAAAUGAAUGUACUGUCUGUCAUACAAUGUUUGGUGAUGUUGGUCUUAAUUGUGGUGUUCAUUUUGUACAUAAAAUGACCUUAGAGAAAGAAGCUGUAAGAGAUUAUAGUCAAAAAUUUCAAAAUAUUGUUAUAACAAUGCCCUUAAGAUGGCCAAGUGAUCCUGGUCGAGACUCCCGACAAAAUUUUUGA